UUAAAAAGGAUGAAAAAAGUCGUUUUUUUAGUUACAUUUAAAUCAAGCUAUAUAAAACAUUGAAUUUAGUAUAAUUUAACUGAAUUAACUUAAACUGUUAUUGGGUUGCUUAUAAAUAAAAGAAUCAAUUUGUCAAUAUUAUUUAGUUAUUUCUUUUAGGUUAUAUACUUAAUUUAUAUAAUGGCUUGUAAUAUUAAGCUAAAAAAAAUACUUUGGGCAAGGGUUGUGUGGCAAGAAAAUGAAAAUUCCUUUUUUGAAGAUGUGCUUUCUGCAAAUUGGAUCAAUGAAGAAAUGAGUGUUGUUUUUUGGCCUUCUACAAUGUCAGUUCAGAGGGCCAUUUCUGAAAAUAUUGAGGUUGACCAUGAAUCAUGGAGAAAGUUUAAAUGGUUAAAAACAAAAAUUGUAGAUGAAGAUAGACAGUUGUGCAAUGACUUUAAUUUUACAUCUUGCGGUGAGCAAGUUACCACUGAUGAUGAAUUUAGCAAUCAAGUGACCUCAGGAAUCAGCAAAGAUGUCCCUAUUUUACUACCAAAACCUCCUUCCUCCUACAAACUGUCAAUCGACAUCCUCAAAGAAAAUAAAACAGAAACUGUAGCCAUCAUCAAUGACAAUGCUUCAUUUUUAGAUAAAACAGUAAAAGAUCUGACACUACAUUCAGAUGCAACAUCUGAUGAUGAUGAGAUAGUAGAUUUUAUUCGAUUAAAUAAAAAAAGAAAUAUAAACUCUCAAUCACCAAGUUACCAUGCUGGGGCUAAACCAAACAAAAAGUCAAAAAAAGAAAAGCAACAGUUUCCUAUGGAAGAAGAAAGUCAGUCUCAAUCUACAAGUCACCAUGCUGUUACUAAACGCAAAAAAAAGUCAAAAAAAGAAAAGCAACAGUUUCCAUUGGAAGAAGAAAGUCAGUCUCAAUCACCAAGUCACUGUACUGUGACUAAAUGUGACAAAAAGUCAAAAAAAGAAAAGCAACCGUUUCCAAUGGAAAAAGGAAAGUAUCAACGCAAGUCGCUUCGGUAUCUUGUUGAAAUUAGAGAUCUUCUUUCAAAAUUAGUAGAGGUUAAGGACCCAGAAAAUAGUAAAUUUCAUAUCGAAAAAAUUAAUAACUCUGACCAACUCGAUGAACUAGAAGAAGUUAUCAAGGAUGAUGUGCAGCGAAAAGCAAUUUUAUCUAAACUGAAGAAUAUUGGUGGUGUGGAUAUGGCAGAUUGUACCAGAAAUAUGUUGGGAAAAUUAUUUUCCGUAAACCUGAUGGCGAAUAUGAACAUUAAAGGGAGUAAACGUAAAGGCAGAGAAAACAAAAUAUCGUUUGAAAACCUUAAGUUAAAGGACGUUAUGUUUGAAGCGUUACAAGACAGGUAUACCGUUAGUGAAAAAGAAUUAUUUAGAGUUGUAGGGAAUAAACUAAAGAAUGCACCAGGAAGAUUGAACCAUUCCAUUGAUAUCUAACAUUUAUAUUAUAUUAUAUGUAUAUAGUUUAUGUUAUAGUAUAUAGUUACUUUUUUUAAAUAAAUAAACAAUAAUAUUAUACAA